CACCAUGAAGCUCUUAAUAUUGUUCCUUGUGUCAUCCCUCCUGCCUUCGGUCUUCCCAUCCUCUCUCGGCUACGGUCGUUCAAGUAGUGCACGACAAAGAAUAACCGCAGCGCAAGGAUCUUUAUUAGGACAAGGGGUUUCUGCUGGCAGAGCCGUGUCCACUGGCGGCCAGACAGCACAAAGACUCAUACCUAAUCAGGUUGGCGCUACACGACAGAGGGCGUCAAUAAACCCAAUCUCGGCCGCUGGCAGAGGGCAAGGCUUCUCUUCGGGGUCGGCUUCCGUCUUUCCCAGUACCGUUCCGACUGCCCCAUUGUCGCGAUGUUUGGAAGGCGAGGUGAGAAAUAUAGAUGGCAGUUGUGUCAUCCCGGAGGUGACCCGUUCAGUCUUUGUUUACGAACCUCCUGCGCAUCUUCAGUUGUCCCCAGGUCCACCUCCAGACAUUCCUCUACCCAGGAUUGAACGGAACGUCGUGUUUGUUCGAUUACCUGAAGGUGGAGGAGCUCCAGAACCAAUAGUUAUUCCUCCCCCAGCCCAGAACAAUGUCAUUUAUGUCCUUAACAAGCAGAGUGGAGCCGGACAAGCGCCAAGGGUGAUCGAAGUACCAGCUCCACCAUCCACUAGUCCCGAAGUAAUUUUCGUUAAUUAUGAAGAUGGUGAAAACCCAAUUCUUCCGGGAGGAUUUGAUCUCCAAACUGCACUCAACGCAGCCAUUGCAUCAGGCGGCCAAGUCAUCAACGGUGCUGGAGGUAGUAGUGGGUUUGGAGGCAGCAGUGGCAUCGGAGUAAGUGGUGGUUUAUCUGGCGGAAGUGGCGGAUUUGUAGGUGGCAGUGGGUUUGGAGUCAGUGGUGGCUCGUUAGGCGGCACCGGCGGAUUUGGAGGCAGCAGUGGGUUUGGAAGUAGUAGUGGUUUUGGAGGUAGUGGCAGAUUUUCAAGUACUAGUGGCCUUGGAAGUAGUAGCGGUCUUGGGGGCAUUGGCGGUCUUGGAGGAGGUACAGGUUUUACAGGGACAGCUGAUGGAGGAAUCCCUGACAGUUAUGCCAGCUUCGCAAGUAGUAGUAAUACUAUUGAAGUUGAAUUGACGAAUCAUAUAAGCACUGGAAAUACCGAAGAUGAUAGUUCUCUUGCAGAUUCUAAUGCAGGGACUAGAUUCGUUAAAAACGAAAGCGGAGAAUCCGGAGUUGUACUGGUAUCUAAAAUGAUUCCAGUGAUUACUGAUGCUGGCGAUAGUAUUGAAUCAUUGAAUGGCGCUACGAUAGCGUUAUCCAGCAGCUACACUACUCCCUAAGAUCGAUAACGUUGUAAAUAGAAGCCAGACUAGUCAAGUUAUCUGUUAUAAUGUUAAUGAUUGCUGUUAUCUUCUGUUAAUGAUGGCUGUUUAUCUUGUUAUUGAUGGCUCCUUAUUUUGUUAAUAACGGUAUUUUAUAUUUUGUAAAAAAUAUCCAUAAAAUGAAUAAAAUAUUAGAUAACAAAAG